AUGGCGGCCUCCUCCACGCCCACGGCGACGGUGCUCCUCCUGGUGCUCCUCGCGUGCGGCGGCGCCACGGCGCAGGUGUUCCCGCGGCCGCUGUUCCCGCGCGCGCCGUGGAACUUCACGUUCCCGAACGGGCCCGGCGACGCGGCAGGGGCCAGCGGCGCCGGCACCGGCGCGACGGGCGGCGGCGGCGGCGGGCCGUCGGUGCCGGCCAUGUUCGUGUUCGGCGACUCGCUGACGGACAACGGCAACAACAACGACCUCACGUCGCUGGCCAAGGCCAACUACCUGCCCUACGGCAUCGACUUCGCCGGCGGGCCCACCGGCCGCUUCUCCAACGGCUACACCAUGGUCGACGCCAUAGCUGAGCUUCUGGGGCUGCCCCUGCUGCCGUCGAACAACGAGGCCUCCAACGCCGACAGUGACGCCGGCGCGCUGCAUGGCGUGAACUACGCCUCCGCCGCCGCCGGGAUCCUGGACAACACGGGCCAGAACUUCGUGGGGCGCAUCCCGUUCAACCAGCAGAUCAAGAACUUCCAGACGACGCUGAACCAGAUCAAGGGGAAGAUCGGCGCGAGCAAGCUGGCCUCCUCGCUGGGCCGCAGCAUCUUCUACGUGGGCAUGGGCAGCAACGACUACCUCAACAACUACCUCAUGCCCAACUACAACACCCGCAACGAGUACAACGGCGACCAGUACUCCACCCUCCUCGUGCAGCACUACACCAAGCAGCUCACCAGCCUGUACAACCUGGGGGCCCGGAGGUUCGUGAUCGCGGGGGUGGGGUCGAUGGCGUGCAUCCCCAACAUGCGGGCGCGGAACCCGACCAACAUGUGCUCGCCGGACGUGGACGAGCUCAUCGCGCCCUUCAACAGCAAGGUGAAGGGCAUGGUGGACACCCUGAACGCCAACCUCCCGCGGGCGAAGCUCAUCUACAUCGACAACUUCGAGAUGAUCUCCGAGGUGCUGCGGAGCCCCUGGAACUACGGCUUCAGCGUGGUGGACCGCGGGUGCUGCGGGAUCGGGCGCAACCGCGGGGUCAUCACCUGCCUGCCCUUCCUCCGCCCCUGCCCCAACCGCAACACCUACAUCUUCUGGGACGCCUUCCACCCCACCGAGAGGGUCAACGUGCUCCUCGGCAAGGCCGCCUACUCCGGCGGCACCGACCUCGCCUACCCCAUGAACAUCCAGCAGCUCGCCGCGUGGCAGCCGUAG